AGAAACUCAACCUCCAAUUAGGCACCAGUCAGCUAUCAUGAGUUCUCUAGCUCAACAACUUUGAUGCAACAAGGAUAAAUCAGCUAGCUAUCAUCUAUCAUUCACUAGCUUCCCACGAAAUUAGAGAACAAUUAAAUGCCUUACCUGUUCAGCAAGAACAAAAACUAACACUACACCAAUCCUGAAUCCCUUUUUCUCAUAUAAUGUAGAACCACUCUCUUUUACUCUUUCACUACUGUUUGCUGUGUUUACAUUCUCUCUCGUUGGCUGUGACUCCUGCCAGUCACCGCAUAGCCAGACUGAUUCAUGACUGAAUGGGGCGGGAUUAUAUUUGAAGUGUCUGAGCUGCCGUAUGAUAUAUGCAUACAGAUUUUCCUGCCAAAUCUCACACAGUGCUGAAUUGCUACUACAGGAUUUUUGGGUUGACUCACUGCAUCCCAGGAUCAUCAUAUUAUAAAGUAUGACUCAAAAGAACAAUGUCCUUACCAGCGCCAAAUUGUAAACAAGUAAACAAAGAUUCUCAGUUUUAGUCAGAGGAAACCCCCCCUGUCUCAUGUUUGCUUUCAUGGCCUUUACAUGUUAAACAUACAUUCACUAUAUGCUGGGAAGUGUAGACAUAAAUUACUGGGAUUUUUCACGUUGGUGUGUAUCACGCACUUGUUUGCUAGAUGAAUCGCCUCUUUAUUUUUCUAUUAUUGUAUGUUUUACACAAGUUUUGUGUUAUAACAGGUCAUAACAGAUAUAAUAGCCAAGCUUAAACCACUUCAAUGUUUAAAUGUAGCUUUACUGUUGGUAUCAUUGCCUAUUAUCAACAAUGACAGUGAUGACCUUUAUUAUUUUGGUUGCCAGAUUAGUUUGUCUUUAGUGAUUUAUGAAUAAACGCCCUUAAUGUAUCACAUUAUCCACUUAGGCCAAACAUUUUACAGCCUGCACUUCUCAACAUCACCACAGUGAAAUGUGCAUGAGCAUCGUCUGCCAUUUAUGGGAAUGUUGCAAUCUUGUCUUCCUUCCUCAAUAUAAAAUUAUAGAACUUUUUUGGGUAAUAUCUUUGGUAUCGAAAGCUCCAAGUUAGUUAGCAAGCAGAAGGAGCAGGCUUCAGAAGGAGCAGGCUUUAUGGCAUGAUGAGAGAACGAAAUGAACGUCAAUCAAGCGGAACAGCGGUUUGGCAUACCAGUGGGUACUGAAGGUAGUGCCCUCUCUUGCUGCAGCUUGGACCCGCUUGUAGUGCCAGUCCCUGCUUUUCGCAAGCUUGCUACCCAAACCAGGCCUGGACUUUCACCCGGUGACCUCUGACCCCUGAUCCUGCAAACCCCUGCCACCUCUGCAGACCCCAGACCUCCCACGUGCUCCACCUUCCACACAGCUGCAGUACCCCAGGAGCUGCCAAGUGCCAGUGGGAUCGCUUGGAGUUUUUCACAAUUGGAGCUUUCGUUAUGUGCGUGUGUGUGCGUGUGUGUGAAAAAAAGAGAAAAAACAGCCAGAAGUAAAAAGUUUUUCUUUUCUUUUCUGCUGCCUGGGAAUUCUCUGUGAUUCAGUGUCAAGUCCUUGACCCCCACACACUCCGUUGUGGAAUAGGCUUCAUGUUGAUUGUUUGAAAAAGAGAAGCAAAGAGAAACUUCCCAUUAAAGGACACCCAGCAGAUUCUCCUGACCUUGAACACACACAUACACACAUACACACAAGUUUGUGCUAGCCAUGGCAAUGAACAUGGCACACAUUCGCGACCCAAAAUGGCUGACACUGGAGGUGUGUCGUGAGUUCCAGAGAGGCACGUGUUCACGCUCAGACGCUGAGUGCAAAUUCGCCCAUCCAGCCAAGAGCUGCCAAGUGGAGAACGGCCGAGUCAUCGCCUGCUUCGACUCACUCAAGGGACGCUGUUCCAGAGAGAACUGUAAGUACCUGCACCCGCCUCCCCACCUGAAAACGCAGUUGGAGAUAAACGGCCGCAAUAACCUGAUCCAGCAGAAGAACAUGGCCAUGCUCGCCCAGCAGAUGCAGAUCGCCAGUGCCAUCAUGCCUGGCAGCCAGCUUCAGCCAAUGCCUUUUAUCUCUGUCACGCCGAACUUAGCCACCAAUGCCAGUGCCGCAGCGGCAGCAGCUGCAGCAGCGGCGGCUACGUUUAACCCGUACCUGAGUCCCGUAUCGCCAGCACUAAUGCCCACUGCUGCUGACAUCCUGCCCAGCGCGCCAGUCCUAAUCGGUGGAAAUCCUGCUGCUGUGGCCCCUGUAACCUCCACAGCCAACGCAGCUGCCCAGAAACUACUGCGCACCGACCGCCUGGAGGUGUGCCGCGAGUACCAGCGUGGUAAUUGCUCUCGCGGUGAGACAGACUGCAGAUUUGCUCACCCGGCUGACAGCACCAUGAUAGACUCCAGCGAGAACACCGUCACCGUGUGUAUGGACUACAUCAAGAGUCGCUGCUCACGGGACAAGUGCAAAUAUUUCCAUCCUCCUGCACACCUGCAGGCCAAGAUCAAAGCAGCACAGCACCAGGUGAACCAGGCCACAGCCACCGCGGCCAUGACGGCUGUCAAAUCACUGAAGCGACCCCUCGAGGCCACCUUUGACCUGCAGGGCCUUCCUCAUAGCGUAAUUCCUCCUUUGCCAAAGAGACCAGCCCUCGAGAAAACCAACGGUGCCACCACCAUGUUCAAUGCUGGCAUGCUGCAGUACCAACAGGCGCUGGCCAACAUGCAGUUUCAGCAGCAGGCUGCGUUUAUUCCUUCAGGCUCAAUAUUGUGCAUGACUCCUGCAGCGAGUGUGGUACCCAUGAUGCACGGCGCUUCACCGGCCGCUGUGUCCGCAGCAACCACGUCCGCCACUACUGUUCCCUUCGCAUCCGCAUCAGCCAAUCAGGACUCUUCUCUAUCAAAGCUGUCUACCAACGAAUACAUGCAAUUGAUUCCAAUAAUAUCUGCAGAACAUCUGACUAGCCACAAGUAUUUGACUCAAAUGUAGUCAAACCAAUCAAACGAACCUGCUCAUCUGUUACCUGGGACAGACACAAACAAUUUAACGCCAACAAAUAUUCACAUUUCAUUCACAUCAUUAGAGCCCUCGAGGUAUCAUUAGUUCACUGAUAUAAUAUUUAAAGGACUAGUCCAUGACAUACCAAUAUGCAGAAACAUGCAGUGCCCUUAGAAGUGAUGUGCAGAACUUGAAAGAAUUUGAUGUACAUAAGAUGGGUUCAUACACUUACAAACACUUAGCUAGAAAUACUCUGUUAGUACCAAGUCUAACAAUUUAGAGAUUAGAUAUGAUACCAACAGACGUGAUAACAAUAGACCAAAAGUUUUAUUUUUUUUAAAUUACCUCCCGUAGGUAUUUAAUUGAUGAUUUAAUUUAUUUGUCAGUAGCAAUUUACCGAAGGUUAAAAUUGUAGAGUUGGUGGUUUUUCACACACACAUUAAGCCGAAGCGUAGAUAUUGAACACCGUGGCACUAAAACUUCGUCCCAGACUGAAAUAUUACAACGAUCAUACUAUAAUAGCUAUAGUAAUAAAUUGUAAGGUCAUUUUUUUUCUUUAUAGUGAGUAAAGUGGUAAGACCACUCUAAAUUUUGUGCUCGGGUGUGAUGGGAACAUACAGAAGUGAAAAAGAGGUGUUUAUUCGGACGGAACGGAGGGAAGCAGGUCUGUGUUGCAUGCCUGUUAAACCAGGUACAGUUCACCUUCCAGUCUUAACGAGUGUACAUUCAUUAGCCAUGUUAGUUUGGACACGCCUACGUUGGUGAAUUGUAACGCAUCACGCUAUAUUCUUAUAAGUGCUUAGAAGCCAAUGCCUGUUCAUUUCUAUUGAACGACAAAUAAUUAGCAUUGGUUUUGCAGAAGUCAAACGUUCAGUUUUAGAUGUAUUCCUGAGAUGCGUUAACUGUAACAUCUGGUGAAGCGUUACUGAUUUGACAAGGGUGGUUUACAAAAAUGUGAAAAUGCACCUUAAAUUUAAAGAUAAUUACAAUUCUUCAUGGCACAAUACAUCCGGCGAAAAAAGCAGUUUUUUUUGCUGCAUUAAAAGUGCAGACUUGCAGAGGAAGGAUCAGGAUUAAAGAAGACUAAUGAAUGUUUUUAUGUAAAACCAGAAUCCUUCUGACCUUUUAAAGCACAUCUUAGCUUUAAAUCAAGCUUCACAAGAUAUACAAUAGGCUACAAAUGGAAAGUGUUAUAUCGACAGUGUUAUUCUGUUUACCAGACAUUGUUUUUAUACAUAAUUUCAUGUCUAAGUUUUUUUUUCUAAUGAAUUUUUAUUGUUAUUUGUCUGUAAUGCUCUCGAUGGCUUUUCCAUUCAGCCUUAGAUAGGCCUUUUCGACUUGCAUGAAAACAGGGUUGCCUUUUCCUUCCUGUUGCCAUAUAUAGAGAUUUUUAUUGCCUUGAAUGACGGAGUGGCUUUUUAUUCAUGAAAUGGGGAAUGGGUGUCGGUGAUCACCGAAUGUCUUUACAUUGUCAACUCAGACUCUUAGAGCAUGACGUGAAGAGACUGUUUCCAGUCACAGAGCGGAGUAUCAAUGAGGGCGCUGCUUGAACCUGAUGGUCAGCGUAGUUUCGAUUUGCUUUGUAUAUGAGAAAACCAGAUAUGUAUUUGGUUCAAGUUUUCUUUUGUAUGGAUUCAGUGCCAUUUGUGUUGUAUGUUUAUGAUUCCUGAUCUCAAACAGCUUUUAGCCUAUGUACAGCAAAAAAAAAAUUGAUGAUAAUGUUGAACAUUCUGUUAAUUCGUGCCAAAGUUAUUUUUCUCGUUGUUUUUGUGGGUUUCAUGGUCUAUACUGGUAGUGAAUGGUGAAUGGUCAUGGUAUGAUCAAGGCCAAACCUAGUUAAGAGAAAGCUUAAUGAAGCUACUCCAUAUUUUCUGGUAUAAUUUCAGAGUAUAGUGAGACUGAAGUUCAGAAAUGUUAGACUCCCAGUUGGUGUUAGAUCUAGAUCAGUGGAGCCUAUAUGUCUUAAGUCUAUUUUUGGUGUAUAAAGAGAUAUAUCAUUCAGGGUUGGGGUCAAUUCAAUUUUCAAGGUUAAUGAGAUGAUUUAUGAAAGACUAUUUAAAAUGUAUUAGUAAAUGCUGUAAAGUCUAAUUCAGCUCAUCGGCUGAGGCAAUCGAAUGAACUGAAAUGGGAUUGAGCCCAACUCUGGUGCUAUUGCUGUUUCUUCACUGAGGCCUUAGAUUUCAGUUCGUGUUUUCACUCAGAUGUUCCUUCAGUCAUUCUUAUCGUUUAUGCAUAUUUUAUAUUUUUUAUUAAUCAUUUUAACACGUACUGCUCAGUUGUUUACUUCACCAGCUUAGAUAAAAUCAUAUUGCUACAUGCUGCAUGUUUACUUUGUGGAAUUUACUUAUUUUGUAUUUGGUAAUAUUUGGUUUUAGACUUGUAGUCUUGUUUUCUGGACUUGUAAAUGCGUUUCGUUCCCCAUUUCGCUCCCCCUCCCUCCGUCUCCAUCAUUCUUAUUAAUUAAUGUUUAGUGAUUUUAGUUUUUGUUGUACAUUUUACUUUCUUUUUUGGAAGAUUUAUGUUCGAAUGUUUUGAUGUUCUUUUUUUAAAUUUGAUAUUGUCUUUUGUUUUGAUAUUGAUUUUGAAAAAUAGUUGAGUUGAAAUGAACCAGUAUGACAUUUCUUAAUUUAACAAAUUUAAUUUGUACGUAUCAAAUCAAGAACUCUUUUUAGUUUACCUAUGGAGCAUCUGUGGAGAGUAAAAAUUAUUUUCUACUGUAUCCAUGUUAAAACAUAAAAUUGUAUUUUGAUAUUUUAAAAAACAUCCCUGAAUGUCAGGCCAAAAAAAUAUACAUACAUAUAUAUAUAUAUAUAUAUAUAUAUAUAUAUAUAUAUAUAUAUAUAUAUAUAUAUAUAUAUAUAUAUAUAUAUAUAUAUAAUAUAAAAUAUUGAAUAUGUAGAUGACGAUGCUGAUGGUGAUGGUGAUGAUAAGAGGAUAUGUUGUAGGGACUUUGGCUGCAAGUGAGAGAGCCAUGACCCGAGGGACAAAGGUCGAAUUUUGCACUUGUGUAUAUAGUCAAUAUAAAACAAGGAAAAGAAAACAUGUAUAAUAUGGAGAUCUUAUUUUGAAUAAUAAAAGAUUCUAUGAGAAAUUUUGUUAGGAUAAUUUAAGGAUUAUAGAGUAAUAGACCAGCUAACUGAAUUUGCUUGCAGAAGUGGCUCAGCUCCUUUUAUUAUUACUUCAAAUCAUCGCUUAAAAAAAAAAUGAAAAAGCUAAGCAUCGCUCCGCCUUAAUCAUGUGCGCUGCCUGUCAUUCAAACCUCAGUGCUGACGUUUUGGCAAGUUUUCUCGUCACUUGUGUGACAUGCAGUAAAAGCAGGCGCUGUUUUUCUGUGAAAAAUUUACCAAAGUAGAGCAUAAUGAGGUAAAACCAUUGGACUGUAAUCAAUUACAACACCGAAGAUUUAUAUUUGAUUAAUUACAUAUUUAUCAGACUGAUUGUCCUAAAUGACUGGAGAGAAAUUACACUUUGUUAAAUUUCUGAUAGAAAGACUCCAGAGUGUCUUACAAUAUUUAUUGCCUGUCAAACAUGACGACUGUUUCCAAAAUGUCACGUACCCUUAUUAGGAAAUCUUUAAAAGUUUUUACUUGGGCCUGAAUGUUGUUAGCUGCAUGUAGCGAUUUAACAUGAUAAAAUCCACCUUCUAGAUAAGUAGCUAUGUCAAUAAGUUCUCACAAUACUGCAGUUCCCAUUAGAAAAUAGUGACAAUUCUUAGCAUACGUUAAGUGACACACAUUUACUCAAAUCCAUAAGGAUAAAUGUGGUUAACGCAGUAAACUAAUGAAUUCAAAAUGACCAGACAUGCUAGCGUAAGCCUUACACGCCAUAUGAUGCGCGUACACAUACACACACACACACACACACACACAGUGUGUGUGUAACGAGGCAACCGUGCCUUCAGCAGGAAAAGGUCACCCACCAAAACAAAGGAAACACAAUGAAUGUAAAACUUCUGAUCUCCGUUUGAGGUUUUGACUCACUUACCGCUGCUGCACAAGUGCUAAUAAACCAAAGCAUCACUUUCCUCCGAACAGACACAAGGCACAGCUCUGCCCUGCGUCUGCCACAGUGAAACCGCCGGUGGUCCCUACCUGCUGAAAGCACCUGCUUUAAUAAACGCUUCACACUCACCAUGUAAUCUCACGCCCACUCUUUGCUUACAGUUGCUAAGAUCUUGUACUAUGUUUUAAAAAUGUUUUAUGCACAUUUAUUAUUGUUUUAUUUGACUCUCUUGCUGUUAUGAAUGAAAAAAAAAUAAAUAAAAACCAAAAUGAAUUUCAACUGAAAAAUCAAA